AUGGCGACCUCCAUGCUGGGCUCACUGCUGCGGACCGUCCGGCAGAUGGUUCCUUCAUCAGCUUCAGGCCAAGUUCGAGGCUACUACGUAGACUGGAGAAUGUUGCGUGAUGUGAAGAGAAGGAAAAUGGCCUAUGAAUAUGCAGAUGAGAGGCUACGGAUUAAUUCGAUUAGGAAGAAUGCCAUUUUGCCAAAAUACCUUCAGGAAGUGGCUGAUGAAGAAAUUGCUGCCCUUCCCCGGGAUAGCUGUCCUGUUAGAAUCAGAAACCGGUGUGUUAUGACGUCCCGUCCACGUGGUGUGAAGCGGCGUUGGAGGCUUAGUCGGAUCGUCUUCCGUCACUUAGCUGACCAUGGGCAGAUGUCUGGAGUCCAGCGAGCAAUGUGGUAA